AUGAAGCCCUUCAUGCUAGCCCUCUUCAUCAUCUUAGUUAUUUCUUACUAUGUUUAUCCAUGGACUUUCACUCUUGCAACUCUCCUCUUCUCCCUCCUACUUAAUUUCCUCUUGAACUAUUGGCUAGUGCCCGGAGGGUUUGCAUGGAGAAACUAUACUCACUAUCAUCAUCGAAACCCUAAUAAACUUCAUGGUCCUUUUUCUUGGCCCUUUUUGGGAUUUCUACCUCAAAUGGGGUCUUGUGCUCACCGGAAACUAGCCAUGAUUGCUUCAUCACUAGGCUCAACUCGAUUAAUGACAAUAAGCCUUGGUGCUACUCGAGUUAUCAUUAGUAGCCACCCUGACACUGCGAAGGAAAUUCUAUGGAGUGCCUCAUUUUCUAGCCGUCCCUUGAAAGAAUCAACCAAACUUCUCAUGUUUGAAAGAGCCAUUGGUUUUGCUCCCUAUGGGAGUUAUUGGCGAAACCUAAGAAGAAUUGCUACGAAUCACAUGUUUUCUCCUAGGAGAAUUUCAUGUUUUGAGAGUCUUCGACAACUUAUAGCCGAUAACAUGAUAGGAAAAGUUGUCAAGGAGAUGAAUGAGAGUGGGUUUGUUGAGGUUAGAGGGUUGUUGAGACAAGGGUCUUUGAGUAAUAUCCUUGAAAGUGUGUUUGGGAGUACUUUAGGGUUAGAAGGUGAGAAGUUAGGGUUAAUGGUGAAAGAAGGAUAUGAAUUGAUUGGAGAAUUUAAUUGGUCAGAUUAUUUUCCAUUAGACUUUUGGGGUACUAAGAGAAGGUGUUAUAAGUUGGGAGCUCAAGUGAAUGAACUAGUUGGUGAAAUAAUGAAAAAAAGGAGAAGAGAGGGAGAAUUAGUAAAUAUGAAAAAUGACUUCCUUAGUGUUUUGCUAUCUUUGGCAAAAGAAGAUCAACUUAAAGAUGAAGAUAUGGUGGCUAUUUUGUGGGAAAUGGUAUUUAGAGGAACAGAUACAAUUGCCAUCCUUGUAGAGUGGAUUUUGGCAAGAAUGAUUUUACAUCAAGAUGUUCAAGAAAAAGCACAAGAAGAAAUUGACACAUGUGUGGGUCAUAAUAGAAAUGUACAAGACUCAGAUAUACAAAACCUUCCUUAUUUGCAAGCCAUAGUAAAAGAAGUUCUUAGAUUACAUCCACCAGGCCCACUACUCUCUUGGGCUCGUUUAGCUAUGCAUGAUACUUAUAUUGACAAGUGUUUCAUUCCAGCUGGGACAACUGCAAUGGUCAAUAUGUGGGCUAUUACACAUGACCCAACUAUUUGGGAAGAUCCAUGGGCCUUCAAGCCUGAAAGAUUUAUUGAUAAAGAAGACUUCUCAAUCAUGGGAUCGGAUCUUAGGCUUGCUCCGUUUGGGUCUGGACGUCGGGUUUGCCCAGGAAGGGUACUAGGGUUAGCCACAGUGCACCUAUGGCUAGCCCGACUUCUCCAACAGUUCAAAUGGCUUCCAAGUAAACCUGUUGAUCUUUCAGAAUGUUUGAAACUUUCUCUUGAGAUGAAGAAACCUCUAGCUUGUCGUGCAUUUAAUCGAAGUAGCAUUUAA